AGAAAGGAAAAACAAAAAAGAAACAAAAAACUCUCUCCAGCACUAGGCAUCGCCUGCUCCCAAGCCACAUGCCACAAUCCGCCAUCUCCAUGUCGAAAUCUCCCUCAGCCCCCUUCCCCUUCUUGGACACCAUGCGUAGCCGCCCUAAAAAAAUUUCGCAGCACACCCAUUCCUCCCCCACCUCCCAAAAAAAAAAAAAGAAACCCCAGGACCACCUCUAGCACAAAAUCAAACCUGACCCAAAUUUGUUAAACCUCUUUCUAAUAGCAUGGUCUGGUGUGCUGGUUUGGGAAUCUUCCCUUCAAAUAUGGUGAUUUCAUUUUGAGAUGAGACAUUAGUCUGAAGGGCGAGAGCGAAUACCAGACGGUGGCUUGUUCAAAAGACAAGCAUCAGUUGCAGUGGCUUCCGCGUCAGCCAUGACGCUUGCUGCACCUCAGUGAAUUGUUUCUGAUUGGCCAGCUCGUUUGAAGUUUUCACUUUCUGCAGAUAUAAAUAUACGAACCAAACUGAAACAACCACAGAUAGCAAAUGGCAGGAGGAGUGAGGAGAAUAAAGUUGGGUUCACAAGGCCUUGAGGUCUCUGCUCAAGGCCUGGGAUGUAUAGGCAUGUCUGGCUUCUAUGACGCUCCGAAGCCCGACGCAGACAUGAUCAGUCUCAUCCACCAUGCCAUUGAUUCCGGCGUCACCUUCCUCGACACCUCUGACUUCUACGGCCCCUUUACCAACGAAAUUCUGCUUGGCAAGGCUCUGAAGGGAGGGCUAAGAGAGAAGGUUGAAUUGGCCACCAAGUUUGGCAUCUACUUAGUAGACAAGAAGAGGGAGGUGCGAGGUGACCCUGCCUAUGUGAGGGCUGCUGCUGAGGAUAGCUUGAAGCGCCUUGGUGUUGAUUCUGUUGAUCUCUAUUAUCAGCAUCGGAUUGACACCACUGUACCCAUAGAAGUCACGGUAGGGGAAUUGAAGAAACUAGUUGAAGAGGGUAAGGUGAAGUACAUUGGCCUAUCUGAGGCCUCCGCUUCUACAAUAAGAAGAGCACAUGCUGUUCAUCCAAUAACAGCUGUGCAGUUGGAGUGGUCCUUGUGGUCGAGAGAUGCUGAGGCAGAAAUAGUUCCUACUUGCCGGGAACUUGGCAUUGGUAUUGUUGCAUACAGUCCUCUAGGGAGAGGAUUCUUUUCAUCAGGCGCUGAGUUCGUCAAAAACCUCUCCCAUGAUGAUUCUCGAAAGGAUCACCCCAGGUUCCAAUCCGAAAACGUAGAGCAUAAUAAAGCACUAUUCGAGCGGGUUAGUGAUCUUGCUGCAAGGAAAGGGUGCACCCCCUCUCAGCUAGCACUGGCCUGGGUUCAUCAUCAAGGAAACGAUGUGUGUCCGAUACCCGGAACCACCAAGAUUGAGAAUUUUAACCAGAACAUUGGUGCUCUCUCUCUGAAACUGACACCAGAAGAACUGGCUGAGCUUGAUUCUUUUGCUUCUGCUGAUGCCGUUAAAGGUGGCAGAUAUCAGAGUGGCUUUAGCACUUGGAAGAACUCUGAAACUCCUCCAGUGUCUUCAUGGAAAGCCACAUGAGCAUGUGCAUUUUGUCAUGUCAUAAUGCUUCUUUGUACCUCACGAGCUUUGUGAAUUUCCUUACCGUUAUGAGAAUAAGUAGUGCAUGUUAAGUGGUAUGUAAUGACUGACUUUGAGACGUUCGUCAUUUUGUACGCAGAUUUCAUCAUGUUGUAUGAGUAUUCAAAACUAUGAAAUAGUCUGGGGUGAAG